GUGAAUUUGGCACUGGCCUACACAGAGCUAACUGAGGAGUUGGUACGUCUGCAGGCACUGAGCUUCAAACAGAAAGAGAUCCUGAGGAAGACCUCCCAGGAGCAGCAUAGCCCAGGUUAGUAACAUCCCUAGAGAAUGAUAUAUGGCCCACAUUUAACGGGUUAGUAAUCAACAAGCUAUAUGCACACAUCUUGAAAGCAGCAUUGUCAUGCUCGCCUUACAAAACAAUACUUGCUUUAUUGGCACAUUUGCACAGAUAUUCUUAAUUUUUUGCUGACACAGUACCCAACCUGACACACAACACACACAUCACAGGCUGGGAGAAGCAUAGGGCCUGCUGCAGAGCAACAACCCUUGAGCAAUUAGGGAUAAAGAUCCUUGCUCAAGGGCACAACGGAGGUAGGGAGGAUAUGGGACAUACAGUAUACUACGGCUCACAGCUCACUCCCUCAGCUCGGCAAUUUGUACCGGAAAAGAGAGGAAUGAACUAGACUAUCAAGGAACUGGGAUAUACACUACAUGACCAAUAGUAUGUGGACACCUGCUCGUCGAACAUCUCAUUCCAAAAUCAUGGGCAUUAAUAUGUAGUUGGUCCCCCCUUUACUGCAUCCAUUCAGCCACAAGAGCAUUAGUGAGGUCGGGCACUGAUGUUGGGCGAUUAGGCCUGGCUCGCAGUCGGCGUUCCAAUUCAUCCCAAAGGUGUUCGAUGGGGUUGAGGUCGGGGCUCUGUGCAGGCCAGUCAAGUUCUUCCACACCGAUCUCGACAAACCAUUUCUGUAUGGACCUCGCUUUGUGCACGGGGGCAUUGUCAUGCUGAAACAGGAAAGGGCCUUCCCCAAACUGUUUCCACAAAGUUGGAAGCACAGAAUCGAUUACAAUAUCAUUGUAUGCUGUAGCGUUAAGAUUUCCCUUCACUGGAACUAAGGGGCCUAGCCCGAAUAAUGAAAAACAGCCCCAGACCAUUAUUCCUCCUCCACCCAAACUUUGGACUUGGCACUAUGCAUUGGGGCAGGUAGCAUUCUCCUGGCAUCUACCAAACCCAGAUUAGUCCGUUGGACUGCCAGAUGUUGAACCGUGAUUCCUCACUCCAGAGAACGCGUUUCCACUGCUCCAGAGUCCAAUGGCGGCGAGCUUUACACCACUCCAGCCAACACUUGGCAUUGCACAUGGUGAUCUUAGGCCAUGGAACCCCAUUCCAUGAAGCUCCCGAUAACAGUUAUUGUGCUGAAGGAAAAUAAUCCUGCAGCAACAGGAAAUGUGAAUUAUUAUAUGGAAUAUAAUCCAUAAACAUUUUUUGUAGGGGUUGACACAUUUUUUUGUUAGUGCAAAUUAAGUCUGGCAUUUUAAAGUAGAAAUUACAAACUUCAGAAGCCCUUUUAAACAUUGAAUACACUACAAGUUUUCAUUUUCUGCUAUGCAGGACAAUUCUCAGCGACAAACGAGUGAUCAAAUUAAGAUCCUACAUCUGUAUGUGUGCUGAAAUACCUACGCUCUCUCCCUCAAGUCUCUGUUUUCUCAAGUCUCUGUUUUCUCUCUAUUUCAAGACUCUGUGGAGAGUCGAGAGCACAACACCGCCAUUUUACCCUUUUUUCACUCAACCACAGAACCAUAAAUGUUUCCCCUUUGAGAUGCUUCUGAUUUAUCGAUGCACACAUCUUUUUUUGUUGCUAAAUGUGUGAUAGCUGUCUCAAGAUUACAGGAAGCAUCUCAUACUGUACUGUAAAAUUAGUCUACGUCCGAUUAGUUCUGUAUCUUAGGUGAGGGGAAAAUAAAUGUAUUCAAAAAUGUUAAUGUUUUGCAUAUCUUGUCAAGUGCGCUGCUUGUGGAGAAUUGAUUUAUGCUUUGUGAUCAGUCAAACAUUUGCAUUGCAAAUCCAGAACAGCACAGCGUGUCUGACGCACCGUAGAAAGAAGUAGAGAAAUGUUAUUCAGGAAAAUAGCAUAAUGUGAUAUGGUAGAUAUGAAAGAUUAUACACUUUUUCUUCAUUAUCAAAAAUAUAUUUGAUUCUGUGUUAUUGCUAGAGACGUUACCAGACAAAACUCCUCCUGGCCCUAGUUACUUCUCAUACAGAUCACUCUGUUGUCACAGAGAAUUUUCCUGCACAGCAGAAAAUACUAAUUGUAGUGUAUUCAAGGUUUAAAAAGGCUUCUAAAAUUUGUAAUUUCCACUUUAAAAUGUCAGACUUGAUUUGCCCUGACGAAAAAUGAAUCAACCCCUACAAUCCACAUUUCCUGCAGGAUUACUUUCCUGCUGUGUGAAAUGGAAAUGUGUUUUUUUGCAUAUACCAACUCCCCCAGAGAGUGGGGUCACAGCAAUUAUUGACAGCGACUCUGGAGCAAUUAGGGUUAAGUGCCUUGCUCAAGGGCAGAUUGACAUAUUUAUUUUCACCUUGUCGGCUCAGGGAUUCAAACUAACAACCUUGCGGUUACUGGCCCAAAAGUAUAACCGCUAGGCUACCUGCCGCCCACCUGUAUGUACAGUGCAUUCGGAAAGUAUUCAGACCCCUUCCCUUUUUCCACAUUUAGUUACGUUACAGCCUUAUUCUAAAAUUGAUUACAUUUUUAAAAAUCCACAUCAAUCUACACACAAUGCCCCAUAAUGACGAAGCAAAAAAUGUUUUUUAUUUUAGCAAAUGUAUUAAAAAUGAAAAACAGAAAUACCUUAUUUACAUAACUAUACAGACCCUUUUCUAUGAGACUCGAAAUUGAGCUCAGGUGCAUCCUGUUUCCAUUGACCAUGCCUGAGAUGUUUCUACAACUUCAUUGGAGUCCACUUGUGGUAAAUUCAGUUGAUUGGGCAUGAUUUGGAAAGGCACACACCUGUCUAUAUAAGGUCCCACAGUUGACAGUGCAUGUCAGAGCAAGAACCAAGCCAUGAGGUUGAAGGAAUUGUCCGUAGAGCGCCGAGACAGGAUUGCGUCGAGGCACAGAUCUGGGGAAGGGUACCAACAAAUUUCUGCAGCAUUGAAAGUCCCCAAGAACACAGCGGCCUCCAUCAUUCUUACAUUUAAUUUUUCCACAUCAAUCUACACACAAUACCCCAUAAUGACAAAGUUAAAAUCCAUCAGUUAAAGUUAAAAUCCAUCCUCCAUCAUUCUUAAAUGGAAGAAGUUUGAAACCACCAAGACUCUUCCCACAGCUGGCCCCCCGGCCAAACUGAGCAAUCGGGGAGAAGGGUCAGGGAGGUGACCAAGAAUCAGAUGGUCACUCUGACAGAGCUCCUGAGUUCCUCUGUGGAGAUGGGAGAACCUUCCAGAAGGAUGACUAUCUCUGCAGCACUCCACCAAUCAGGCCUUUAUGGUAGAGUGGCCAGACAGAAGCCACUCCUCAGUAAAAGGCACAUGACAGCUCGCUUGGCAUUUGCAAAAGGCACCUAAAGGACUCUCAGACCAUGAGAAACAAGAUUCUCAGGUCUGAUGAAACCAAGAUUGAACUCUUUGGCCUGAAUGCCAAGCGUCACGUCUGGAGGAAACCUGGAACCAUCCCUACGGUGAAGCAUGAAGGUGGCAGCAUCAUGCUCUGGGUUGUUUUUCAGCAGCAGGGACUGGGAGACUAGCCAGGAUCGAGGUAAAGAUGAACGGAGCAAAGUACAGAGAGAUCCUUGAUGAAAACCUUGUCACGAUCGUUAUAAACAGCGGACCAAAGCGCAGCGUGAUAUGCGUACAUCUUUUAUUUAAGUGCACACACGAACAAAACAACAAACCAAACGAUACGUGAAGUCCUAGGUUGUACACCAAAACAAACCUUACGGAACAAGAUCCCACAAAUAACUAGUGCCAACAGGCUGCCUAAGUAUGGUUCCCAAUCAGAGACAACGAGAAUCAGCUGCCUCUGAUUGGGAACCACCCUGGCCAACAUAGAUCUACACGAACUAGAACAAAACAUAGAAAAUACAACAUAGACAAUCCACACCCUGGCUCAACAUAUAAGAGUCCCCAGAGCCAGGGCGUGACAAACCUGCUCCAGAGUGCUCAGGACCUCAGACUGGGGCGAAGGUUCACCUUCCAACAGGACGAUCCUAAGCACACAGCCAAGACAACGCAGGAGUGGCUUCGGGACAAGUCCCGGAAUGUCCUUGAGUGGCCCAGCCAGAGCCCGGUCUUGAAACCGUAUCGAACAUCUCUGGAGAGACCUGAAAAUAGCUGUGCAGCGACACUCCCCAUCCAACCUGACAGCGCUUGAGAGGAUAUGCAGAGAAGAAUGGGAAAAACUCCUCACAUACAGGUGUGCCAAGCUUGUAGUGUCAUACACAAGAAGACUGUGGAAUGUGCAGUGCGGGAAUUUGGUUCGGACUUUCCACCGUUGUCGCCCCUACGGAAACACCUAUACACCGCCCGACACACUGAUCAGACCAUUCCCUGAGAGCCCUCUGUUGCCACGAAAUGUUGGGGUCAUGAGAUAUUAACCAAGGAAGCCCCAACACCACGGGAAACGCAGGUGAGUCGAUCAAAUACAACUGUAUCAUUUCCUCAUGACCCCCUUGCGUCUUCAUCUUAAGUGGCGCCGUGACCUCCCUAAUCAAUCCCGACCCCAAAGGGCGGCUGUCUAGGGCAUGGAUAGGGAAGGGCACAUCAACUGGUAUGAGGGGAAUCCCUAACUUAUAACAGAAACUACGAUCAAUAAAAUUCCCAGCUGCGCCUGAAUCGACUAGCGCCUUAUGCUGGGAGUGAGAAGAAACCUGGGGGAACACAACUUGGAUACACAAGUGGACAACAGAGAGCUCUGGGUGAGUUGGGCGCUUACUCACCUGGAAUGACUCAUCAGUGCGUGACCUGCUGCCUCGAUCCCUAGGAGACCCUCCCCUGACACCCGGCCGCGGUGCCAUCAUAAGCCCUCGGGAGCGAGAGCCGAAUCCCACUGGACUCCGGAGAUGGAACGAUGGGUCUGGCCGAUGGUGGUGGUAUUGUUGGAGGAGGUGUGGGCAAACCUCCUCUCUCCCAUCGGCUCAAAGUGUCCAUAACAUCCUGCAUGGCGGUGCCGAGUCUCUGGAUCAUGGCGUCUUGGCUGCUUACGCGCUCCUCCAAUGAUCCCGUCGGUACCGCUGAUCCUGCUGACUCCAUGGUGGUGUGUUAUUCUGUCAAGGAGUGAUGUGUACGCGGCGAGUGAAGUCAGACGCAGGACACAGAGAUUCAGGCAGACUACUUUACUAAAUGUAAAGUACUAAACAAACACCUCUGCAACUGGAGGGAAAAACACCAUAUAAGAAAUAUGGAAUAACAGCAAGGCCGAACAUCGACUAGACAUAAAACAAUAACACACAAAUACCAAACAUGAGACAAGGGAAAUUAUAGGCUAAACAAUCAAACAUAAUAGACAACAGGUGUAACUACUCAAGACAAAACAAGACAAACACCGAAACAUCGAUCGGCAGUAGCUAGUACUACGGGGACGACGAACGCCGAAGCCUGCCCGAGCAAGGAGGAGGAGCAGCCUCGGCAGAAUCCGUGACAACUUAUGUAAAUGUAAUAUUUCCGUUUGUUAUUUGUAAUACAUUUGCAACAAAUUCUAAAAAUCUGUUUUCACUUUGUCAUUAUGGGGUAUUAAGUGUAGAUUGAUGAGGGGGAAAAAACAAUUUAAUCCGUUUCAGAAUAAGGCUGUAACGUAACAAAAUGUGGAAAAAGUCAAGGGGUCUGAAUACUUUCUGAAUGCACUGUAUACUGUACAGUAAGUAGGCCUACAGCAGUUUUUUUACUCUCCUGGGGUUGCAGAGCUACAUAUCCAGUACAGAUGUAGGAUCUUAAUUUGAGCCAGUUUGCUACAGAAGGAAAAUAAUCCCGCAGCAACAGGAAAUGUGAAUUAUUAUAUAGUUUAUAAUCCAUUUUUUUUAAAUCUAGGGGUUGACACAUUUUUUGUUAGGGCAAAUGAAGUCUGGCAUUUUAAAGUAGAAAUUACAAACUUCAGAAGCCCUUUUAAACAUUGAAUACACUACAAGUUUGCAUUUCCUGCUAUGCAGGACAAUUCUCAGCAACAAAAGAGUGAUCCAAUUAAGAUCCUACAUCUGUAUGUGUGCUGAAAUACCUACAGUGGGGAGAAUAAGUAUUUGAUACAAUGCCGAUUUUGCAGGUUUUCCUACUUACAAAGCAUGUAGAGGUCUGUAAUUUUUGAUCAUAGGUACACUUCAACUGUGAGAGACAGAAUCUAAAACAAAAAUCCAGAAAAUCACAUUGUAUGAUUUUUAAGUAAUUAAUUUGCAUUUUAUUGCAUGACAUAAGUAUUUGAUACAUCAGAAAAGCAGAACUUAAUAUUUGGUACAGAAACCUUUGUUUGCAAUUACAGAGAUCAUACGUUUCCUGUAGGUCUUGACCAGGUUUGCACACACUGCAGCAGGGAUUUUGGCCCACUCCUCCAUACCUUCUCCAGAUCCUUCAGGUUUCGGGGCUGUCGCUGGGCAAUACGGACUUUCAGCUCCCUCCAAAGAUUUUCUGUUGGGUUCAGGUCUGGAGACUGGUUAGGCCACUCCAGGACCUUGAGAUGCUUCUUACGGAGCCACUCCUUAGUUGCCCUGGCUGUGUGUUUCGGGUCGUUGUCAUGCUGGAAGACCCAGCCACGACCCAUCUUCAAUGCUCUUACUGAGGGAAGGAGGUUGUUGGCCAAGAUCUCGCGAUACAUGGCCACAUCCAUCCUCCCCUCAAUACGGUGCAGUCGUCCUGUCCCCUUUGCAGAAAAGCAUCCCCAAAGAAUGAUGUUUCCACCUCCAUGCUUCACGGUUGGGAUGGUGUUCUUGGGGUUGUACUCAUCCUUCUUCUUCCUCCAAACACGGCGAGUGGAGUUUAGACCAAAAAGCUCUAUUUUUUGUCUCAUCAGACCACAUGACCUUCUCCCAUUCCUCCUCUGGAUCAUCCAGAUGGUCAUUGGCAAACUUCAGACGGGCCUGGACAUGCGCUGGCUUGAGCAGGGGGACCUUGCGUGCGCUGCAGGAUUUUAAUCCAUGACGGCGUAGUGUGUUACUAAUGGUUUUCUUUGAGACUGUGGUCCCAGCUCUCUUCAGGUCAUUGACCAGGUCCUGCCGUGUAGUUCUGGGCUGAUCCCUCACCUUCCUCAUGAUCAUUGAUGCCCCACGAGGUGAGAUCUUGCAUGGAGCCCCAGACCGAGGGUGAUUGACCGUCAUCUUGAACUUCUUCCAUUUUCUAAUAAUUGCGCCAACAGUUGUUGCCUUCUCACCAAGCUGCUUGCCUAUUGUCCUGUAGCCCAUCCCAGCCUUGUGCAGGUCUACAAUUUUAUCCCUGAUGUCCUUACACAGCUCUCUGGUCUUGGCCAUUGUGGAGAAGUUGGAGUCUGUUUGAUUGAGUGUGUGGACAGAUGUCUUUUAUACAGGUAACGAGUUCAAACAGGUGCAGUUAAUACAGGUAAUGAGUGGAGAACAGGAGGGCUUCUUAAAGAAAAACUAACAGGUCUGUGAGAGCCGGAAUUCUUACCGGUUGGUAGGUGAUCAAAUACUUAUGUCAUGCAAUAAAAUGCAAAUUAAUUACUUAAAAAUCAUACAAUGUAAUUGUCUGGAUUUUUGUUUUAGAUUCCACCUCUCACAGUUGAAGUGUACCUAUGAUAAAAAUUACAGACCUCUACAUGCUUUGUAAGUAGGAAAACCUGCAAAAUCGGCAGUGUGUCAAAUACUUGUUCUCCCCACUGUACGUUCUCUCCCUCAAGUCUCUGUUUUCUCAAGUCUCUGUUUUCUCUCUAUUUCAAGACUCUGUGGAGAGUUCGAGAGCACAACACCACCCUUUUUUCACUCAACCACAGAACCAUAAAUGUUUCCCCUUUGAGAUGCUUUUGAUUUAUCGAUGCACGCAUCUUUUUUUUGUUGCUAAAUGGGUGAUAGUUGUCUCAAGAUUACAGGAAGCAUCUCAUACUGUACUGUAAAAUUAGUCUACAUCCGAUUAGUUCUGUGUCUUAGGUGAGGGGAAAAUAAAUGUAUAAAAAAAUGUUAAUGUUUUGUCUAUCUUGUCAAGUGUGCUGCUUGUGGAGAAUUGAUUUAUGCUUUGUGAUCAGACAAACAUUUGCAUUGCAAAUCCAGAACAACACAGCGUGUCUGAUGCACCGUAGAAAUAAGUAGAGAAAUGUUAUUCAGGAAAAUAGCAUAAUGUGAUAUGGUAGAUAUAAAAGAUUAUACACAAUUUCUUCAUUAUCAAAAAGAUAUUCGAUUCUGUGUUAUCGCUAGAGACGUUACCAGACAAAAACUCCUCCUGGCCCCAGUUACUUCUCAUACAGAUCACUCUGUUGUCACAGAGAAUGUUCCUGCACAGCAGAAAAACUAAUUGUAGUGUAUUUGAGGUUUUAAAAUGCUUCUAAAGUUUGUAAUUUCCACUUUGAAAUGUCAGACUUGAUUUGCCCUAAUGAAAAAUUUAUCAACCCCUACAAUCCACAUUUCCUGCACGAUUACUUUCCUGCUGUGUGAAAUGGAAAUGUUUUUUUUUGCAUAUACUAACUCCCCCAGAGAGUGGGGUCACAGCAAUUAUUGACAGCGACUCUGGAGCAAUUAGGGUUAAGUGCCUUGCUCAAGGGCAGAUUGACAUAUUUAUUUUCACCUUGUCGGCUUGGGGAUUCAAACUAACAACCUUGCGGUUACUGGCCCAAAAGGACCUGUAUUUACAAUGCAUUCGGAAAGUAUUCAGACCCCUUCCCUUUUUCCACAUUUAGUUAUGUUACAGCCUUAUGCUAAAAUGGAUUACAUUAAAUUUUUUCCACAUCAAUCUACACAAUUUUUCUUUGAGCAAAUUUAUUAAAAAUGAAAAACAGAAAUACCUUAUUUACAUAACUACAGUGAGGGAAAAAAGUAUUUGAUCCCCUGCUGAUUUUGUACGUUUGCCCUCUGACAAAGACAUGAUCAGUCUAUACAUUUAAUGGUAGGUUUAUUUGAACAGUGAGAGACAGAAUAACAACAAAAAAAUCCAGAAAAACACAUGUCAAAAAUGUUAUAAAUUGAUUUGCAUUUUAAUGAGGGAAAUACGUAUUUGACCCCUCUGCAAAUCAUGACAUGGCAAAAAUCACAGAGGUCAGACGUUUCUUGUAGUUGGCCACCAGGUUUGCACACAUCUCAGCAGGGAUUUUGUUCCACGCCUCUUUGCAGAUCUUCUCCAAGUCAUUAAGGUUUUGAGGCUGACUUUUUGCAACUCGAACCUUCAGCUCCCUCCACAGAUUUUCUAUGGGAUUAAGGUCUAGAGACUGGCUAGGCCACUCCAGGACCUUAAUGUGCUUCUUCUUGAGCCACUCCUUUGUUGCCUUGGCCGUGUGUUUUGGGUCAUUGUCAUGCUGGAAUACCCAUCCACGACCCCUUUUCAAUGCCCUGGCUGAGGGAAGGAGGUUCUCACCCAAGAUUUGACGGUACAUGACCCCGUCCAUUGUCCCUUUGAUGCGGUGAAGUUGUCCUGUCCCCUUAGCAGAAAAACAGCCCCAAAGCAUAAUGUUUCCACCUCCAUGUUUGACGGUGGGGAAGGUGUUCUUGGGGUCAUAGACAGCAUUCCUCGUCCUCCAAACACGGCGAGUUGAGUUGAUGCCAAAGAGCUUGAUUUUGGUCUCAUCUGACCACAACACUUUCACCCAGUUCUCCUCUGAAUCGUUCAGAUGUUCAUUGGCAAACUUCAGACAGGCCUGUAUAUGUGCUUUCUUGAGCAGGGGGACCUUGCGGGCGCUGCAGGAUUUCAGUCCUUCACGGCGUAGUGUGUUACCAAUUGUUUUCUUGGUGUCUAUGGUCCCAGGUGCCUUGAGAUCAUUGACAAGAUCCUCCCGUGUAGUUCUGGGCUGAUUCCUCACCGUUCUCAUGAUCAUUGCAACUCCACGAGGUGAGAUCUUGCAUGGAGCCCCAGGCCGAGGGAGAUUGACAGUUCUUUUGUGUUUCUUCCAUUUGCAAAUAAUCGCACCAACUGUUGUCACCUUCUCACCAAGCUGCUUGGCGAUGGUCUUGUAGCCCAUUCCAGCCUUGUGUAGGUCUACAAUCUUGUCCCUGACAUCCUUGGAGAGCUUUUUGGUCUUGGCCAUGGUGGAGAGUUUGGAAUAUGAUUGACUGAUUGCUUCUGUGGACAGGUGUCUUUUAUACAGGUAACAAGCUGAGAUUAGGAUCACUCCCUUUAAGAGUGUGCUCCUAAACUCAGCUCGUUACCUGUAUAAAAGACACCUGGGAGCCAGAAAUCUUUCUGAUUGAGAGUGGGUCAAAUACUUAUUUCCCUCAUUAAAAUGCAAAUCAAUUUAUAAAAUGUUUGACAUGCGUUUUUCUGGAUUUUUUUGUUGUUAUGCUGUCUCUCACUGUUCAAAUAAACGUACAAUUAAAAUUAUACACUGAUCAUUUCUUUGUCAGUGGGCAAACGUACAAAAUCAGCAGGGGAUCAAAUACUUUUUUCCCUCACUGUAUACAGACCCUUUUCUAUGAGCUCAGGUGCAUCCUGUUUCCAUUAACCAUCCCUGAAAUGUUUCUACAACUUCAUUGUGGUAAAUUCAGUUGAUUGGGCAUGAUUUGAAAGGCACACACCCGUCUAUAUAAGGUCCCACAGUUGACAGUGCAUGUCAGAGCAAAAACCAAGCCAUGAGGUCGAAGGAAUUGUCCGUAGAGCUCCGAGACAGGAUUGUGUCAAGGCACAGAUCUGGGGAAGGGUACCAACACAUUUCUGCAGUAUUGAAAGUCCCCAAGAACACAUUGGCCAUCAUCAUUCUUAAAUGGAGGAAGUUUGGAACCACCAAGAGCUGGCAGCCCGGCCAAACUGAGCAAUCGGGGGAGAAGGACCUUGGUCAGGGAGGUGACCAAGAACCGAUGGCCACACUGACAGAGCUCCAGAGUCCUCUGUGGAGAUGGGAGAACCUUCCAGAAGGACAACCAUCUCUGCAGCAAUCCACCAAUCAGGCCUUUAUGGUAGAGUGGCCAGACGGAAGCCACUCCUCAGUAAAUGGCACAUGACAGAGCUUGAGAGGAUCUGCAGAGAAGAAUGGGAGUAACUCCCAAAAUACAGGUGUGCCAAGCUUGUAGCGUCAUACCCAAGAAGACUCGUGGCUGUAAUUGCUCACAUUUCUACAAACAUGUUUUGCUUUGUCAUUAUGAGGUAUUGUGUGUAGAUUGAUUAGUUUUUUGUUAAUCCAUUUUAGAAUAAGGCUGUAACGUAAUAAAAUGUGGAAAAAGUCAAGGGGUCUGAAUUCUUUCUGAAUGCACUGUACUUAUCAGUAACAAGUAACUACAGGCUUUAGUCCUAUUUUUGCGAGAUGUAAUAACUUUUGUCUUCCAGAGACAGUCUUGUGUGCUGCUCUCUGACUCCCCCCUGUCUCUCCUGUCUCCUCAGUCCAACGCCACUCCCACCCCCCAUCUCCCAUUCAUCACCAACGCCACUCCCCUGUGCCCCAGCGCCACUCCCCCAUCCCCAAACGCCACUCCCCCAUCCCGCCCCAGCACCACUCCCCCAUCCCCCAGCGUCGCUCCCCUGUUCUCCAGCCACAGCACCUCUCCCCGGACAUGCACCGCCGCUCACCCCUGCUGGAUAUUAAUGAUGGGCCUGCCUCCUACUCCUGCCGGCCAGCCAGCCACCACCUGAGGGCCAGCUUCCAGGGCCGCCGCAGCUACUCCGAGGUGGCUGACCCUUCUGCCUACCAGCGGCCGCCGCGCCUCAGCAUGGACCCUGUGUCCACCCUGCCCAAGCCCCGGCCCUACAGGGACUCCAGCUACUCCAAGCAGCAUCAGCAGCACCAUGGAGGCUCCCAGCAUGGGGGGUCCCCCCACAGAGGAGGCCAGCUCCGAGGUUCCCAGUCUGAGCUGCAGAGGGCAGGCAGCGAGGUGGGCCUCCACGAAAGUUCCCGCCACUCCCGAGAGCUUCCCUUCCCCCUGUCCGAGGUCUCUCCCAGGUCUCACCUGCACUUUGAGCCCCUGCCACCCCCCACACCCGCCCCCCAGCCGCCACAGUCCUCUGAAGACGAGGAGGAGUGGACCUGUCCGCACCCCGUCAGCCCCCCACGGACGCUGGGCGUGCCCAACAAUGUGUCGCCUCAUGGGGUCAUGAGAGGGCCGGCGUCCUGCUCGGCCUUCCCUAUCCCAUCCAGACCCAACACCCUGACCUGCCACCCACCAGGUUACCUGCACGCAGAGCACGCCCAAUCCUGGCCCUCUAUCAAUGUGAGUCACACGCACACUCUAUCCCAAAUAUACUGUAUAAUAUCAUUAUUAUAUCACAACAAUCUUUAAAAUUGUAAAAUGUGUCAUGGUUAGCUUGCUAUCCCCCUCAAUCAAAAUCUGUCUUUGAAAGAGAACUGCCCUUGACUUGUUAAUGGCUUCCUGCACUGUGCAAUUUCAUGGGAAAUGCUCUGUGUAACAUGAUAUUUCUUCUAAUGCACCUUUACAUAUGAGCUUAUUUUCUUCGUGAAAUAACCUAAAUGGUCCAAAUAUUAUCAUUGAUAGUUGCCAUAGGCCAACACUGCUUGUUGACCUGAAUGGUGUGUGUUUUCGAUACAGCUGUGGAUGGAGACAGAAGAGAGUGACAUGAGGAGCUGCCCUCUGUGCCAGCUGAUCUUCCCCAUUGGUUACCCUGACGACGCCCUCAUCAAGCACAUCGACUCGCACCUUGAGAACAGCAAGAUCUGA